UUCAAGAUAUUGCUCAGCGAUGUCUGGAAUAUUAAUAAUACUCCUUUUCAGUUGUGCCUCGGCUACAAAUUACGUUAACAAUAGUGAAUGUAGCUUGGAUUGGGAUAAGUUGAAAAAUGAGACUCAAAGAUUAUUUGAAAAUUUCGAAUUGGAAACGAGGAAAUCAAUGCUCAAGUUGGAGCGACGUCUUCGAUCUUUAGAACAACCAGUGUGGUUCAUUGAGAAUUCGAACGAUAGGUGGUUCAAUUGCGCCGACAGAGGACCUUGCAAAUGUAGGCCAGAAACGAAAAGCAUUAGCUGCUGGAACUCUAAUCUUUCUAAACUACCAAUUGAGCAAUUUGUGCCCAACGAUAUUAAAACCAUAGACUUGGGCAUCAACCAUUUAAGCACACUGAAUCAGCAGACGUUUCAAGUAUUGAAUCACCUCACCGAAAUAGACCUGUUCGAUAACGCAAUUGAUUAUCUACCCGACAACAUUUUUGAAAAUUUAGAUAAUUUACUUUAUUUGAGAUUGCACAAAAAUCAUUUGGAUGAACUUCCGAAUAACAUAUUUCUGAAGUUGCGUAAUCUUAGAACCAUCGAUUUAUCAAACAACAAAUUUCUUUCGUUACCCGAUAAAUUAUUCGAAGGAUGUCAGAAUUUAAUUGUUAUACAUAUAUCCGGAAACAAAAUUGCUUACUUAUCAAACCAAAUUUUUAACGAACUGAAGGAUCUGGAAGAUUUAGAUUUGAGUGUUAACGAACUUAUAACACUAAACAAAACAAUUUUCGCAGAUUUGUGGUCUUUGAAACGUUUAAAUCUAGCAGAAAAUAAUUUGGAAAUUUUACCAUCAGGAGUUUUCGACAAUCUACACAGUCUCGAGUUACUAAAUUUAAGAAAAAAUAAAUUGUCCUCAAUUUCUAAGCGACUUUUUAUUAAUUUACACAACUUGACUAAUCUACAACUGAGUGCCAAUAGCUUAGUGCAGAUACAUCCGUUGGAUUUUGUUAAUUUAAAGAAUUUAAAGGAAUUGAAUAUUGGGCAAAAUUUCAUAUCGGAAUUACCAGAAGAGGUUUUCAUUAAUUUGCAAUUGUUAGAAAAAUUGUUUCUUUAUUCAAACAAUUUAGAAGAACUUUCGGAAAAAACUUUCAAUGGAUUAGAUAAUUUGAAUUCUCUAAUGCUUAACAACAAUCUGUUAAAAACCAUAGAAGCAACUUUAUUCUUUUAUACACCAAAAUUAAAGAAAUUGCAUUUAGACAGUAACAAAUAUCAAUUUUUACCUACUAAAUCUUUAGACUAUUUGGAAAAAUUGAUGCUAAUAAAGUUAUCGAAGAAUCCUUGGCAUUGCGAUUGUCAUAUACUUUAUUUAGCUUUAUGGAUUCGCGACAAUAAGAACAAAGUUUGGGAUGCACAGCCGACUUGCAGAGGACCUGGAAAUUUGGGUGGAUCAGAACUGAAAGACAUGGACUUUGAUUUGCUGUGCGAUGGUCAAUGGGCCAGCAUGUUAAAUCUAUCUCCGCGCAUAGCUGUAAGAAACAGCAAACAAAAUAUUUCCAAAAGUGACGAAUAAUUGUUCAUUAGCAAUGUAAAAU